AUGGCUGCUCGUGGAGAAAGAGGUGUAUCGAGAGUUUUAGAUAAAUUAGAAGCUUCCGUAAAUUCUGGUCAGUACUAUGAAGCACAUCAAAUGUACAGAACACUUUACUUCAGAUAUUUGAGUCAAAAAAAAUAUUCAGAACUUUUGAAUCUAUUGUACAAAGGAUCAACUGUUUUGUUACAACAUGACCAACAAGGUAGUGGAGCUGAUUUGGCUAUACUACUUAUUGACGUACUCACGAAAUCAGAAACCAAACCAAAUGAUGACUGGAUUGAUAAAAUUGCCAAAUUAUUUGAGAUGAUGAACUCGAGUAUUCCAGAACGUGAAACGUUUCUCACAAAUGCAGUCAAAUGGUCAAUGGACAGUAAUAAAAAAGGACAUCCUUUACUUCACAAGAAAAUUGCUGAAGUAUAUUGGAAAGAGAAAAAGUACACUGCAGCACAUAGACAUUUCUUGCAUUCCUGUGAUGGUUCAGUUUAUGCAAGCAUGCUUAUAGAACUACACACAACUAAAGGACUCAAAUCUGAAAUAGACCUGUUCAUAGCCCAAGCAGUCUUGCAAUUCCUUUGUCUGCGUAACAUACAGAUGGCUACUGAAACAUUUAAUGAAUACACAGGCUCUCAUCCUACAAUAAAAAAUGACAAGGGACCACCAUAUUUAUUUCCAUUACUAAAUUUUCUUUGGUUCUUAUUAAGAGCUAUUGAGCAGAGACAUGCAAGCCAAUUUAAAAUAUUACGAAAUUGGUAUGCAAUUAGUAUAAAAAGAGAUCCCAAUUAUUCUAUUUACUUAGACAAUAUUGGACGUAUAUGGUUUGGUAUUGAAAUUCCAAAAGAUAACAGAAAUGCCAAUUCAUUGUUUGGUGGUUUAUUGAAAUCAAUUAUAGGUGAGGUGGACAGUUCCGAUGAGGAUGGUGACUUUACUGGACAAAACAUUUCCACACCUGACUUAGAUUAA